AUUUUCAUCAUUGAUUAAUUUUUUUUUUAAAAUUAUUAUUAUAUUAUUAUUUUUUUUUAAAUUUGAGAAAAAGACCUCUUUUUUCUCAAUUAUUAUCAUCAUCAUCAUCAACAAUUUUCAAUCUUCUCCCCUGUUUCGCCGAUCAAAAUAUUGCGAAAUCAGAGGAGAGAGAAAUUUAGGGUUUCAAAUUCCACCAUUAAUGGCGAUUUUGUAUGCUUUGGUAGCUCGAGGAUCGGUAGUUUUGGCGGAAUUUGUUGGAACAUCGACGAAUGCAAGCUCAAUUGCGAAGCAAAUUCUCGAGAAGAUUCCUGGUGAUAGCGAUACUCAUGUUUCUUACUCGCAAGAUCGAUAUAUUUUCCAUGUUAAGCGUACCGAUGGUCUUACUGUUCUUUGUAUGGCGGAAGAUAAUGCUGGACGAAGAAUCCCAUUUGCAUUUCUUGAAGACAUACAUCAAAAGUUUGUGAAGGCUUAUGGACGCUCUAUUCAUACUGCACCUGCAUAUGCAAUGAAUGAUGAAUUUUCGAGGGUCUUAGGCCAACAAAUGGACUAUUUCUCAAAUGACCCAAAUGCUGACAGUUUGAACAGAAUGAAAGGUGAAAUGGCUCAGGUGCGAAAUGUCAUGAUUGAGAAUAUUGAUAAAGUUUUGGAUAGAGGGGAGCGCCUGGAGCUGCUUGUUGAUAAAACUGCCACAUUACAAGGCAAUACUCUUCGCUUCAGAAAGCAAGCUCGCCGCUUCAGAAGCACUGUAUGGUGGAGAAAUUGCAGGCUCAUGUUUACAUUGAUUAUCGUUCUCUUGAUCAUCAUAUACAUCGUGCUUGCCUUUGUUUGUCAUGGGCCUUUGCUACCUUCCUGUGUUUAAGCGUGUGGCUGAAGCAUUUGCUAUUUAUCUUAAUCAAAGUAGACACCUUCAUCGAUGGAUUAAUGCUUGCUGAGACAUUGUCUGCAAUUUUCUCGUGGUGAUGAUCGAUUUAUUAAGAUGCUCAACAUGGCAUAUACAGUAUAACUUAUUGCUCUGAAAUUGUUACUAUUAUUGCUCCAUUUGUGUAUAUGCUAGGUUGCCUCCUUUUCAUUUUCUCGUUUUUUUGGUUUUACUGGUUGUUUGAGGCUCCAUUAAUUCUUUCUUAUUUUCAUGUAAAUUUCUUGGGUGUACUAUGGGUGGUGUGGUGUUUGCUGUCGCCGUGGUUUUUUGUUGGAGGUUAAUUGUGAACAUUGUAUUUUUAGUAUGACUCCUAGUCAUACACUCAUUCAAUAUACAAGUAUAUGUCAAUAUGUGCAAUGUGCGUUGAAAGA